AUGACCCCUAUAAAGAUGGAAAAAUAUGAAUGGAUUAAUCCUGAUAACCAUAGUAUUGCCGUUGACGACCAGAAACAACCAGUUUUAAAUGAAAAUGGCGAUCUUAUUGUGUUGGACAACGAAAGCGGAAAGUGUAUAGCAGUUCCUAAUUCUGAGGAAGUAUUGGAAAUUUUUGGUUUUGGGUAUCAUGGGAGUUACGGGUCACCCCCCGGGUCACCAAAAGAUUCGUCUGAACAUGAUAUGAAACCAAUCGUCCAAGUCUUGACAGACGCCGACCAACUACUGUGGAGCAUGAGGACACCAUGCCAGAAGGAUAUCGAAGCGACUAGGGAGAUGCUGGGACUAGUGGCCUCUAAAAAAUACCAGGAUAUGUUCAACGACCAAUGCACUGUCAAGAUUCGAGUGUGGAAGCGGAUAUGCGAGGAACUAAUGUCGAAAGGGUACAGAAUCGCGGACUCAGUGAACGAAGGUGGCAUCAAGUGCCACCAAAAAUGGCGUAAUCUGGAGAAGUCGUACCGGAACUACCUAAUUUGCUCGACAGACCCGAACAGUUCAGCGCCCAAAAAACCACCGCCGUACUUCGAGGCGCUGCACGACAUUCUCAAGCGGAAGAAGAAGUACGCGAACGCGGCCACGUACACGCAAACGGUGGUGGUCGGCGAUGACAUGGCCGACGCGGACGCAUCGAGCGUCAGCGGCAUGCAUAACCAUCACAUGAACGACUCGGACGCGGCACUGGACGACAUGGACGAUAUGGACGGCCCGAAUGACGACCACUGUUACGUGGUCAACAGUUCCGGUCACGUGUCCAAACGGUUCAAAGUGGACCCGCUGACGAUGUGCUCGACCACCAGUGGCGGCGGCGGCAACGGCGGCGGCGGCGUCGGCUCUUCAUCGUCUUCUCGCCGGCAUCAUCACGUCCAGCAACCGGACGUGCUAGAACAAAUCCUGGAACAGAUGGUCCGCGUGCACCGGGACACGUUGUCCAUGCACGAUCGGCACUUCACCAAGAUGGAGAAGCUGAUGAAGGAGAACGCGGUGCAGACCAAGCGGCUUGCCGACGUCAUGAGUCAGUUGUUGCACAACAGCCGCAUGGACGAUUGCGGCAGCGGCAAAAGCAACGACAAGUCGACCGGCAUGAACUCAUCAGACAUUGAAUGA